AGCGUUGGUCUUUGUUCUAAGAGUAGGUGGUGUAAUCGGUUUAGCUAACAUAAUAAUCCUAAAGUUGUUCAUUUGUUCUUUCUAACAUCGUCGACACAGUUUUUUGACGAAGUCAGAUAAAGAUAAGGGACAUUGGCAAAACGGUGUUUAGGCCGGACGUUAACCCAAACCCGAGACUUCAGCCCACUGCGUGUCUAUUGUGUACAAACAAAUCGGGUUCAUUUUUUGUCACUUUUAAAAGGAUUCAUCAUGACUGACAGUUGCGUCAUCUGAUCUACCACAAUGGAGUGGAAACUGUUGUAGUGUCAGGAUAAUCGGACAGGAUACAAAAAGUCCUGGGUGCUAUCAUGAGUGAAAGGGGUAGUACUUUAUGGAAAAGGCAGCCCAUGGAAGUGGGAUGUAAACAAAGUCUCUGCUGCCGAGAGCUUGACCAUAACCAAGCACUGCACUUCAAACAGGCUGCAAGAUCCUGAUUCCCCUCUUGCCCCCCUUUUUUAUUUUGUAUUUUAUUUUUAAUUAAUCUGCAGAGUCAGAGAUCUUUACAUAAUGGAGACUGUGGGGAAGUUCGAAUUCAGCAGGAAGGACCUAAUCGGGCACGGUGCCUUCGCUGUGGUGUUCAAAGGGAGACACAAAGAGCAACAUGACUUGGAAGCAGCCAUAAAAUGCAUUAACAAAAAGAACCUUGCAAAGUCUCAGACUCUCCUGGGGAAGGAAAUAAAAAUACUGAAGGAGCUGAAACAUGAAAACAUUGUUGCACUGUACGACUUCCAGGAAAUGGCAAAUUCUGUGUACUUGGUGAUGGAGUACUGCAACGGUGGUGAUCUGGCUGACUACCUUCACUCCAAAGGAACCCUCAGUGAGGAUACCAUCCGACUGUUCCUGCAGCAGAUAGCGGGGGCCAUGAAGAUGUUGCACAGUAAAGGUGUCAUUCACCGUGACUUGAAGCCACAGAACAUUCUGCUGUCCUAUGUGGGAAGCAAGAAGUCCAACCCAAGCAACAUCCGCAUCAAAAUAGCUGACUUUGGCUUUGCCAGGUACCUCCAGAGUAAUACAAUGGCAGCAACUCUUUGUGGAUCUCCCAUGUAUAUGGCUCCUGAAGUCAUUAUGUCCCAGCAUUAUGAUGCAAAGGCAGAUCUGUGGAGCAUAGGAACCAUCAUUUACCAGUGUCUUACUGGGAAGGCUCCCUUCCAGGCAAGCAGCCCUCAAGACCUCCGGAUGUUUUAUGAGAAAAACAAGACAUUGACUCCAAACAUCCCAAGGGAGACAUCCAGCCUUUUACGAGAACUGUUGCAGGGACUCCUUCAGCGCAACUACAAGGACCGUAUGGAGUUUGAUGAUUUCUUUCACCAUGCCUUCCUGGAAGUGGGUUCCUCAAUGAAGAAAUCUGCUCCAGUACCUCUGCCUUCUUACCCAAGCUCAGGAUCGGGCAGUUCCUGUAGCAGCUCCUCCACAUCCCAUCUGGCCUCUCCACCAUCCCUGGCAGAAAUUCAACAUCUGCAUGAAAAGACAUUGAUGUCCCCCACACAAGGCUCACCUGGCUUCCUGCAUGGUUCCAAGGAGUCGGUCGGCAGUAGCAGCAAGAAUUCAUCUUGUGACACAGAUGACUUUGUUAUGGUUCCUGCACAGCUGUCAAGUGAUAUAAUGGGUGAAGCAGCAGGAGGUAAGCCUGCCCCUGGGAGCCUGGUCUGCUGUGGGAGUUCUUUGGUUACCUCAGCAGGUCUAGGAAGCCAAGGAAGAGCAUCCUCACCUUCACUGUCAUACAGCAGCUCCCCCAGCCCAUCCAGCAGAGGUACACAUCUUUCAAGUAGCAGCUGUGGGCAAUCACUUCCCAUCCCAGUUCCAAGCCAGAUCCACAACUACCAGCGAAUUGAGCAGAAUCUGCAGUCUCCAACUCGAUGCACUUCUCCAAGGUCUGGGGGUGUUAGAAGGUCGAGCAGCACAAGUCCACUUGGAUUUGGUAAGUCAGGAGCAUCACCACCAUAUCCUGGAGAGACUGGAGCAUUCCCUGCCCCUCGGAGGUUAUCUUUUGGUGGGUCUAAGCCAUUUUUGCCUUCUUUUCAAGUUGGCACUAUUCCAGAGCAGCCAGGGCAGGACUUCAGUACCUCUCCUUUCGGAGUUGAUGCAAGAGGAAGGACUUUGGUUUCUGGUGUAGCAGUAUCUGAACAGAGCCCCCGUGGUCUGGGCUCCCGUCUUCAUAGUGCCCCCAACUUGCCAGAAUCAUAUCAGUGCAGACAGAAGAUCAAGAAACAACACUCAGAUCCCGUGGUUACAACAUAUUCACAUGCUCAGGGCAUUCAGACAGUGCAUAGCUUACAUCCACCCAGACAAAUGAGGUCCUCUCCAAAGCUAUCUGAUUUCUUACAGAGGAGUCCCUUACCUACAAUAGUAGGCUCUCCAACAAAGGCUGCACCAGCAUUUAAUUUUCCCAGAGUAUCAAGUCCUCACAACUUGGUGAACUUGUGGAACCAACCGGCUUUGGUUACCACCCCAACCCGUAACAGGACUCUCCCAGACCUGAAGGAGAUGGGUCAGUUCCAGUACCAACAGCCAGGUCUGGCAAUGAGACCUGCAGAAGACAAGAGUCCCAUUGGCAGAUCUUUCAGCACUGGGAAACUCACAGACCUUCUGCUUAAAGCUGCUUUUGGUGUUCCAGUCUCAGAAGCUAGCACUAAUGACAGCUUCAGCACAGAGAAGCCAAUGGACACAGCUCCCUCUGCUGUUCAUGGUAGCCCUGUUGUGGCAGGUUACAGUACUCAUGCACCAGUUAUGUUCACUGUUGGAUCACCUCCCAGUGGAACUACACCACCACAAACCACUCGGACCAGACUGUGUUCAGUUGGUUCUUCCAGCUCACAUAGCUCAGGUGGCUCAUUCAGCAGUAGACCUGUCCUGCAAGGACUUGCUGCAGAUGCUCUUGAAGGACCCUGCAGUCUCCGGUACACUUUCUCAGAUCCUGUAGCGAUCACCCUGGAGGGAGCAGUAGCAUUUGAAGCUCCAGAAUUACCAGAGGAGACCCUGAUGGAGCAAGAGCACACAGAUAUACUGAGAAUCCUUCGUUUUAACCUUAUGUUUGCACAAUGUGUAAUGGAGAUUGCUGCAGCAAAGGAAAGCGGAUGUGAUAUCAGAAGUUCGCUAACAUCAGUGUGUCAGCUACAGGAAAGCAUGGUUGCUGACCAGAUCAGCCUUCUAAGCAAAGAGUGGAGUUAUGCCGAGCAGCUCGUGUUAUAUAUGAAGGUGGCUGAGUUGCUGUCAACUAUACUCCGGAUGGCUAUAGAGCAAAUCAAGGCAGGCAAGCUGUGCCUCUCAUCUGCUGUCAAACAAGUUGUGAAAAAGAUGAAUGAGCUGUACAAGUCCAGUGUAACAUCCUGCCAAAGUCUGAACCAUCGGCUACAAAGGUUCUUCUUGGACAAACAGAAAUUAAUGGACCGGAUAGACAGCAUCACUGCAGAGAAGCUGAUCUACACUCAUGCUGUGCAAAUGGUGCAGUCUGCAGCACUGGAUGAGAUGUUUCGUCAAGGGGAAGGUUGUAUUCAGAGAUACCAGAAGGCUCUACUGCUGAUGGAAGGUCUCUUGCACAUCAUCACUGACCAGGGUGACAUGGAGAACAUUACCAAAUGUAAAGUUUGCAUUGAACGAAGACUGUCGACACUGCAGUUAGAAAUGUGUGGCUGACUGAUAUUUGUAAUCCUCAGCUGAUCCUCUUCUGUUGUCACAAUCCGAUAAGAAACAUCUCAUCUGCAAGUUUCUUGAUUCAAUGCUGAUUUUUGUUUUCUGAUUUGGAACUGGUCCCUAAAGUGCAGUUUGCUCAGUGACUAACUGCAGCACUCUGUUGGAAUACAGUACCAGUUCAUGAACUAGAUGUUUGCAUCUAAAUAGAGCACCUGAUUUUUCUGGGUAACCAGAAGGCUGUUCUCAUGACGUCACUGUGUUUUUUAAUCAUUGUUUUUCAGCAGUCUUUAAUUGAAAAGGAAAAUGACCUGAUAUGUUUCAGAGCCACAUUGUUGGAGGAAUGUAGGGGAAAAAGACUUAAAAAUGAUGUGGCCAGUUGCAUCUGAUUUCCUCUGCUCUUGCUGAUGCCCAGUCAGUGAUAAUAGCUUCCAAAAUAUAUAAAUAUAGUUUUACUUUUGUAAAAAAAAAAAAAGUUCAUUAUUUUAUCAAAUGCUGCCUUGAAGCACUUUCCUCACUUUCUAAUCUGGAAAAGAAUAUGGAGAUUAGGAGCUCCCACAAGGAUAAGCUUAAAAGUUUUCCACCGUCUUAAGCACAGGCAUAAAUACAGUAUAGCAUUCCUCUAGCUGAGAUGUAGAAUAUAUUUGCCACCUUGUCUUAUUUUCACAGGAUAGUGUUAUUGCAUAGUUGUAUCCUGCAAAAAUGAAAGAAAGAAAAUUAGCUGCUUUGAAAGUUUAUCUGCAGAAAAUGUUUUCUGAUCAUGUUGCAUACGACUGUUGCAGAAAACUAUGAUACUGUAAGAAAAAGAAACAACUACAGUACUGAGCUGUAGUUGUGGUAGUAAAGUGAAUGUACAUCCUUUGUGCUGGCGUGGAAUGGUGGCUGUUCUGUAAAAUAUGCCAGACCACAGUGUAGGUGCAUAUUCCCAGUUACAAUAUAUAUAUAUAU